CGCCGAGCCGCCGACUCCUCGUCACAGGCUCUGCUGCCGUGGCCGAGGUGGCGGCGACGAGCGGCCGCCGCGUCCUGCCGGCGCGCGCCCCGGGCCCCCUACCUGGUCGCCCGCCGAGCCAUGUCGUUGAGCCCAAAGCACACGACGCCCUUCUCCGUGUCCGACAUCCUGAGCCCCAUCGAGGAGACCUACAAGAAGUUCGGCGGCGCCAUGGACGGCGCGCCACCCGGCCUGGGGGCGCCCCUGGGGGCCGCGGCCGCCGCCGCCUACCGCGCGCCGCCACCCGGGCCCUCCUCGCAGGCGGCAACCGUGGCAGGCAUGCAGCCCCCUCACGCCAUGGCGGGUCACAACGCGGCGGCCGCGGCGGCGGCGGCGGCAGCGGCGGCGGCGGCGGCCGCCACCUACCACAUGCCGCCUGGCGUCUCGCAGUUCCCGCACGGCGCCAUGGGUGGCUACUGCAACGGCGGCCUGGGCAACAUGGGCGAGCUGCCCGCCUACACGGACGGCAUGCGGGGCGGCGCGGCCACCGGCUGGUACGGCGCCAACCCGGACCCACGCUACUCGUCAAUCUCCAGGUUCAUGGGGCCGUCGGCGGGCGUGAAUGUGGCCGGCAUGGGGUCGCUGACGGGCAUCGCGGACGCCGCCAAGUCGCUGGCGCCGCUGCACGCGGCGGCGGCGGCAGCCGCUCCGCGAAGGAAGCGCCGCGUGCUCUUCUCGCAGGCGCAGGUCUACGAGCUGGAGCGGCGCUUCAAGCAGCAGAAGUACCUGUCGGCGCCGGAGCGCGAGCACCUGGCCAGCAUGAUCCACCUGACGCCCACGCAGGUCAAGAUCUGGUUCCAGAACCACCGCUACAAGAUGAAACGGCAGGCCAAGGACAAGGCGGCGCAGCAGCUGCAGCAGGAGGGUGGCCUGGGCCCGCCGCCGCCUCCGCCGCCGUCCCCGCGCCGCGUGGCUGUGCCCGUGCUGGUCAAGGACGGCAAGCCGUGCCAGAACGGUGCCAGCACGCCCACCCCUGGCCAGGCCGGUGCGCAGCCGCCGGCCCCGACGCCCGCGCCUGAGCUGGAGGAGCUGUCGCCCAGCCCACCGGCGCUGCACGGCCCGGGGGGCGGCCUGGCGGCCCUGGACCCGGCCGCCGGGGAGUACGGCGGUGGUGUCCUGGGCGCCAACCUGCUCUAUGGCAGGACGUGGUGACAGCGAGGGCGCCCCGGGGCUGGGAACUGGUGCAGCCGAAGGGUCUGCAAGAAACUGCUAGAACGGAUGGGGGAGGCAUGCGAAAACUGACUCGCGCGUGUAAACGGCGAUUCAAAACGAACCGGUCUCAGAGAGGGGCAGGCUGUGAACCUCUUUGCUGGGGGCGGGGGACAGCGACAGCCCGGAAACCGAGAGGCUUUGAGGUGAUUUUCUCCUCCUAAAAGUUCUUAAAUGACGCGAAAAGAUGGAGAAGUUCACACGGCGUUCUUAACCACAGCUCUCAAAGUUGGAAACUUUGUUGGCGUUUGUAACUCUAAAAAUCAACCCAGCUUUAACAAUGAGUCCUUUCUGAAGUGGAAUUUAUCUUGGGAGAUUAAUUUUCGAAGGGCCCCCUAAGUGCAAUUUCAUUAAUGUUUGAUUGAAAGUAAAUUGAAUUGUAGCUCAAGGUGGAUCAUACACAUAGCAACAUUAUUGCAGAGGAAUUAUUGCCAUUUAGGUAAUAGAGCAUUGGAAUCAAAAUAGAA